ACUGGUGUUGCCAUCACCAACCCGCUUGUACUAUACCGCGCUCUGCUUGCAACCAAUCGUAUAACACAGGAUCCCGCUCAACAUAGACUUGCAAUUCAUCUACAAAAACUAUAUGACCGACUAAAAGACUAUGAGCCCACUGUCGAAUACAAGCACAGACUCGAUCAGAUAACCCGCGCCGUGGGCCCUUCAGUGAACACAAAUGUAGAACCAGAUCCCCAGAAACGAGGAGUCUGGCAAAGUCUCCUUGCUCAAAAAGAAAAACGAGACAGUCUAGCUCUAACCAAAGUCCUGACUAGCCAUGAAGCCGCCAUGAAUCUGGAUUCGCCUCGAGGUCUCAUGCUUCAUGGUGAAGUAGGCACUGGCAAAAGUAUGCUCAUCGAUCUGUUUGCCGAUUGUUUACCAAACAGGAAGAAGGCUCGCUGGCACUUUAACACUUUUAUGCUGGAUACGUUUGCCAAGUUGGAAGUGCUAAGGCGAAACCGCUUGACCAGAUUGCCUCAAGCGGCUGGUGCGGAUGUGGAAGAACAUUCGUUACUCUGGCUCGCUCGUGAAAUGAUCAACACUUCUCCUAUCCUCUUCCUCGAUGAGUUUCAACUACCGGAUAGGGCCGCCUCCAAGAUCAUGACAAACUUGAUGACUUCAUUCUUUCAACUCGGUGGUGUGCUCAUCGCGACAAGCAACCGGAUGCCCGAGGAACUGCACAAAGCCGCUGGUAUGGCCUUCCCACCACCAUCACGUUUGCAGUCCUUGACUCAGAGAUUGGGCAUGGGACGAGCCACCAAAGGCAAGAGUGAAAACAUGUUUGCCGGUCAAGGUGAAUUCGCCGGCUUUCUUGAGGUACUCAAGGCUCGUUGUGAGAUCUGGGAGAUGAGCAGUGGCAAAGACUAUCGCAGAUACGAAGCCAACACCCAAGCACCACCUCCGAUCGCUGAAGAAGAUCGAUUUGAGGAUGUUACAGAUCUGGAAGCCUUCGAAAGCGGUUCUGCUGUUUCUGAUAUCCCAGAGGUGACUGAGAAGCAAGAGCUAGCGACAAACACCGAUACUAUCAAAGCCCCAACCUACUUCUUGAUUGCUCCCGGCCCUGGGGCUUCAGAAGAAGAACAAGCAGCCUACCAGGCCAAAGUCUCAGAAGCCGAACAAACGCUUCUAGGCACAGCAGCCUCUUCAAUCGACUGGACACCCUCCAGCAUCCGCGUCUACGGCCGCACAAUCCCUGUCCCACGCUCCCACAACGGCAUUUCCUCCUGGACAUUCUCCGAACUGUGUGCUUCCAACCUCGGUCCCGCAGACUACAUAACCCUCGCCUCUACCUACCACACCAUAAUCCUCUCUUCCGUCCCCGUCCUCUCUCUGCUGCAAAAAAACGAAGCUAGGCGGUUUAUCACACUCCUCGAUGCCCUCUACGAAGCUCGCUGUAAACUGCUCAUCACCAACGCCUCCGCCGGCCCUGAUGAAAUCUUUUUCCCAGAGAGUGUGGCGGGAGAAGGAAAUCAAGACGCCGUAUACGCAGAAACCUUUGCAGAAGCAUAUCAAGAUGCCACCGCUCCUUUCCGUCCUAACAUCUUGUCUUCCAACCCUGAUUACUCCGAACAGCAACAACCAGACUACACCCACUCGCGUUUUGAAAACCUGCUCGCUGCAGACUCCCUCGAAGACGAUCCUCCGAACCGUAUUCGCAGGAUGUCGGAACAAAACGAGCGUGGUCCCAUCGACCCUGACGACGACUUUAGAAUGCGUGGACUGCGACAAGGAAAUAGCCCAGAUUUUAGCAACGUAAAAAGCUUCACAGGCGAAGAUGAAAGAUUUGCUUACAGGAGAGCAACAUCCAGGCUUUGGGAGAUGUGCGGCAAGAAAUGGUGGGAUAGGGUUGAGGAAGGCUGGCAUAAACCUCUUCCUUCCUCUAUUCGCUCCUGGGAAAAUCCCGUCCCUAGCUCCCCUACCACCACCUCUUCUGCCGCUGCUUCAGGGUUUGCGCAGGCAGGUAAUGAUGCAAAGAUGGGAAGUUCGAGGACUGUGGAUCAGGCAAACGACGAAAUCAUGUUCAGACAUGGAGCAAGUCCUUUUAGAAGGUCUGAAGAGCCGCCGCCGAAGUUUUCUUGGACGCAUGUUUGGGGUACUGUCAAGUGGGGGAAGAAAGCAGGUGCUUGGGGGCAGGGUGUUGAUGGGUUGAAGGAUAGG